CAGGUGACAGUCACGUGGGCCAGUCAGCUGAUGCUAACGUUAGCCUCUCGGUUCUUCCUCCCGCAGCGGACUCGGAUCUGACGCCGGACAGGAUGCCUUUCUCCGAGCUGUACUUUAACGUGGACAACGGAUACCUGGAGGGGCUGGUCCGGGGCUUCAAGGCCGGGAUCCUGUCCCAGGCGGAUUAUCUGAACCUCGUCCAGUGCGAGACCCUGGAAGACCUGAAGCUCCACCUGCAGAGCACAGACUAUGGCAGCUUCCUGGCCAAUGAGGCGUCUCCUCUGACCGUGUCCGUCAUUGAUGACAAGCUGAAGGAGAAGAUGGUGGUAGAGUUUCGCCACAUGAGGAACCAGUCGUACGAGCCGCUGGCCAGCUUCAUGGACUUCAUCACGUACAGCUACAUGAUCGAUAACGUCAUCCUGCUGAUCACGGGCACUCUGCACCAGCGGGCCAUCUCUGAGCUGGUGCCAAAGUGUCACCCGCUGGGCAGCUUCGAGCAGAUGGAGGCGGUCAACAUCGCCCAGACCCCCGCCGAGCUGUACAACGCCAUCCUGGUGGACACGCCCCUGGCUGCAUUCUUCCAGGACUGUAUAUCUGAACAGGACUUGGACGAGAUGAACAUUGAAAUCAUUCGAAACACACUAUACAAGGCUUAUCUGGAGGCGUUCUAUAAGUUCUGCUCUAACCUUGGAGGAACCACAGCAGACACCAUGUGUCCUAUUCUGGAGUUCGAAGCCGACAGAAGAGCCUUCAUCAUCACCAUCAACUCGUUCGGAACCGAGCUGUCCAAGGAGGACCGUGCCAAGCUCUUCCCCCACUGUGGCAAGCUUUACCCAGAAGGCCUUGCUCAGCUGGCCCGUGCUGACGACUACGAGCAGGUCAAGGCCGUCGCUGAUUUCUAUCCUGAGUACAAGCUGCUGUUUGAAGGCGCCGGCAGCAACCCUGGAGAUAAAACACUGGAGGAUCGCUUCUUUGAGCACGAGGUGAAGCUGAACAAGCUGGCCUUCCUCAACCAGUUCCACUUCAGCGUCUUCUACGCCUACGUCAAGCUGAAGGAGCAGGAGUGCAGGAACAUCGUGUGGAUCGCAGAGUGCAUCGCCCAGCGGCACCGCGCCAAGAUCGACAACUACAUUCCCAUCUUUUAAGCCUUCUCUUCCUCCCUCUCUCAGUCCUCCUCCUCUUCCUCCCAUCAGCAUUUCAUUCAGUCUUUCGUCUUGCGCGGCGUCUCCGCUCACAGCUUGGUGUUAAAGAUUGAUGCUACAUUUUGUCCAUUCUUCACUCGUAGGUGCGAAUUGGUUCUCGACGCCUGAGUUUGUUUGUUGUCAUGUGACUCCCCGUCAGGCUCAUUGUUGCUAAAAAAUAAAACGUAUAAUCAACUUAAAUACAAAGUUUAACGAGGAAAAUCAGCUCAGGUGGUUGGUGCUUGUUUUAACGAGCUAACAAGGUAAAGGAGGCGACUGAUUUGACUUUCAAACAGUCGCCUCUCACUGUCUAAACCUGAUGACACACAGUGUGGUGUUUGAACACCAACCGCCUUUCUAAGAUCAGACUGAUGAGCAGGAACAUGAAAGAGCUGAAGUUGAAUUAACUACGAUUUCCACUUAUCACCGAUCAGCAUCGUCUGACCUUCAGCUCGUCAAAGCAGACAUGAAAACAUUCCUUUGCUCGGUGUCAGUCUCUAUAUAACAUAUUUAUUUCUGUUUUUGUGUGCGAGGUUUUGUCGGCAUGUUUGGUCAUUACUGUGGUUUACUCCCCCAAAACCUAACAAGUGAAAUGUGUGAGCCCUGGAUUGUGGUUAGAUUUAAGAAAACAGGAGCUUCUGGUCGACGUCUCUGUUCCUGUGUGAAGUUUGUCAAUAAACGUGCUGGAAUGAGGCAAAAUCUUGCGAGUAUAUGACAAACGUAAUGUUUAAACUACUAAAAGAAGAUGAAUAGAUAUUUAAAGAUGACUGUAUGAUUUUGUUUUUCUUAUGCUGUAAAAAUGAUGUAUUGAUUUAUUUCUGUUUCUUGUGAAAUGUCUAUUGUAAAUGUGGUUGAAGAAAUAAACUGCACCAACGCAGGUCUAUAGAAAUGA